UAAUCUUGUGAUAGACGGAUCUCGUGACAGUCAGGUCAGGUUGGCGGUCAUCAUUCAAGUCCGAAGUAUAAGACUAUAGCUCUUCAGCCACGAUGGAUGACGAUAUUUCAGGCUCAUCUAGUAGAUCUGUUAAUGACARUGAUCAUCUUCAGGAAAGCUCGCCUUUAGUACAAGCAAGCAGUGGAAUGGCCGACACUCGCGACAGAAACGGUCGUGUUGGUCGAAUGGUUCUGGCAACAUUUGUUGCUGCCAUUGGUCCUCUAAGCUUUGGCUUUGCUAUGGGAUAUUCUUCUCCRGCUUUGUUGGACUUACAGGCAGAAUCUGACAAAGCUGUUCGAUUUUCUGAAGWUCAAAGCUCUUGGUUUGGGGCUAUUGUUAAUAUUGGGGCAAUAUUAGGAGGAGCUCUUGGGGGAUGGCUGAUAGAGUACAUUGGUAGAAAAAGUGGUAUCAUGUCAUGUGGUGUACCAUUUGAAAUAGGAUGGUUGCUAAUCACUUAUGCCAAAAAUCACUUCAUGCUAUACUUUGGUAGAGUGAUAUGUGGGGUUGCAGUUGGAAUGAUAUCCUUGAUGGUCCCUGUUUACAUUGCUGAAAUAUCAAGUCCAAAGCUACGUGGUGCAUUGGGAAGUGUCAACCAGCUUGCUGUUACAUUAGGUCUUAUUUUGUCCUACUCCUUUGGAGUUGUAUUGGAAUGGAGAUGGCUUGCCUUUCUUGGUGCUGUGUUUCCUGCUCUUCUGGUCCUGCUCAUGUUUUUUAUGCCAGAAUCUCCUGUAUGGUCUUUGACACACCACAAGAGGAAUGAUGCAAUUAAUGCUUUAAAAUGGUUGAAAGGGCCAGAAAUUGAUGUUGAUGAUGAAUGUCACGCUAUUGAAUCAACAUUAGGUGACAAUCAGAAAAUUACCCCUUCAGAGUUCUGCAAGCCUGCGGUCCUCAAGCCACUUCUUAUUAGCCUAAUGGCGAUGUUSUUCCAGCAGUUUUGCGGUGUCAAUGCCGUUCUUUUUAACUGUGCUUCUAUAUUUAAAGAAGCUGGGUUCGAAAAUGCUAAAGCUGUCACUAUCAUUGUCGCCUGUGUCCAGUUCUUUGGUACCGCAUGCGCAUGCUUGAUAAUAGACAGAGUGGGUCGCAAGAUUUUGUUAUGGACUGCUGGUCUUGGAAUGGCAAUAAGUCUUAUUGCGUUAGCUGUCUAUUUUGAGAUUUAUAUUCCCAAGGACGGCUCAGCAACAGAAGGAAUAAUACACAGCGGUAUUCACCACAGCGUUGCCUCAUCCAAGAUAUCAUGGCUUGCUAUUUUAAGUUUGGUGCUGUUUAACUUAGCUUUUGCUCUAGCUUGGGGACCCAUACCAUGGCUGUUGAUGUCCGAACUGUUUCCUCUCAAAGCACGAGGCAUUGCAGGAAGCAUUGCAACUUUGUCAAACUGGACAAUGUCGUUUACUGUUACUAAGACUUUCGUUGAUCUUCAAAAAAGUUUCACUCCUCCUGGAACGUACUUGUUUUAUGGUUGUGUGUCGUUUGCAGCAUUUCUUUAUGUGWUAUUCUUCUUGCCUGAAACCAAAGGGAAAAGCUUGGAGGAAAUCGAACUGAUUUUUGAUAAAAAUCGUAGAAGCACUUACCAGCCAAUCGAAUAAUCGUCAGGCUAUCACGGSUCGUGAUCCGGAAAGCAGGGUAUUUGGCAGAGAUUUCAAAAUUGAAUACAAACCUUGAGAUAUGACAGUUUUUUGCCUGUUUGGUGACAUUGUCCGUACAUCUAGACUAGUUAUAGAUCUAUUCUUGUUUAAACAAACUUUGCCGUAAUAUAAGUUUCAGGUUACAGUAAAAAAAUCUUGCAAUUUAAGUAGAGUACAAACAUUAAAUGUAUGCAAUUAAACGCUAAUUAAACAAUAGAAUUAGCAUAAUUUAGCAGUAUUUASUGGUAUUUAUGUUGCACAGUUUUAGUGUUUGUACUCUAGGGAUCAUUGCAAAAAAAAUACGCUAAAAUAGUAUGCACUUAGRAGGGCGGAUCCAGGGGGGAUCAAAGAGGUACUGUAGGGGUGCUGAGCAGAAAAGUUAACUGUUUUUUUAUUAUUAUCAUUAUUACUUCUCAAGUAAAGCCAAUUUAACACUCCAGAACCAUUUAGCACACSYUCAAAAUUUCAGCUGGAUCUGCUCCCGACUUAUUUUACUUAUGAGAAAUGUGUGACCCAGUCUCUCAAGUAUUGGCUGCCAAAAUGACGCGACUCGAACGAAAUACCUCAUUGUCGCGUCUUCACUGCAUAUUACGUCCGACUACUAACGGUAAUUUUAGCUCAAUGCCCACGUAGCAGUUAGGGCUCGAAAGACUGGAGCCAUGAGAUUGACCAACGAAAAGCAGCAUGAGCCAAUCAAAAGCAGCCUAUAACUAGGGUGUGUCGCAGGUUAGUUUUGUCGCGUGAUUUGAAAAUGCCUUUAAAAAAAUAAUUGAAUUACAUAGUAGUCGAUGUAAAUUCCAUAAUAGUCUUCUUCACGGCUCCCGGCGCAAAUUUGAAAGGUAGCCGUGCCUUUGCAUCGAAGCGAGACGACCUUUGAGCGUGCAAAGACGGAAACCUUUUACACCUACGGACAGGUUUCUAACAUUGCACACGCUCAACGGUUGUCUCGAUCGAUGUAAAGGCAAGGCUACCUUUCCAUCCUUAAUUUUGUGAAAAUACAACUGUCCCCAGUCCAUCGUUUCUCUACGCUGAAUGACGAUUAUAAGUUCAAAUAUCACUAAUUUCCGAAACGUCGAGAAAGUGGCCUGCGCGGAGGAUCACUAUCAGUCCAUAGUGCCAGCCGCAUCAGAAAAUUUUGUUGUUGAAUAAUAAAAACAAUACAGCAGUUGAAAACUCGGGCAUUUUGCUGUGGUAGUUAACUUUGGAAAGUGGAUGGUCCUUGAAUACUUUAUAGUUGCCUUCGAAUUGCGAAUUAUUUGUUUUUUGGAACAUCCAGUCUCCGCGGAGCAACUAUCACAGCAUAAUUCCCUAGAUUCAUCUACUCUAUUGUUUAAAAUAUAGUUUUAGAUUGUAUUAGAGAUGUUGUUACUUUCAUUCAAACACAUGUAUAUUACAUAUGAAGAAUGUUAAACAAUUAUUUACUGAACGAA